UUGAUACCUUGGGAACAGUUUCUGACAAGUUUUCAGAGCUUCCAGAUUUUGGAGUUUCAGUGUUCAGGUUUGCUUCCUUGUCUGCUGCAGCGCCUUCUGCUGGCUUCUGGGGCUUCUUGAAAAGUUUGCUGUUGAAAUAGUUUUUGUCCUGAAAAGAAAUAUUGGAGUCAGUGAAUGCACUACUAUCAAGUCAACCAACCUUGAAGGCUUUGCUCAGUCACCUUGGUGGCGUUCCUCUCGACUAGAUCAUCAGCACCCGCCGCCAGCGUCUCCUUGUCCUCCUCCUCGUCCUAAAAAUGGACGUCGCUGCUUGAAUGCGAGUAAUUGAAAGACAAAACAUUCUGUGACUUAUUUUUCCAAAUAUUCACCAGUGAGUCUGCCCGCUCUCCUUUCUCUCCUUUGGGGGUCUUUUUGAGGAAGACCCCAAACAGACUUCGAUCUUUUUCCUGAUGGCAAAAGACCGACACGUUCAGAGAGGAAGAACCAAUAGUAGGAAUGUCCGAUAAUGGCUUUUUGCCGAUAUCCGAUAUGCCGAUAUUGUCCAACUCUUUAAUUACCGAUACCGAUAUGAACCGAUACUGAUAUCAACCGAUAUAUACAGUCGUGGAAUUAACACAUUAUUAUGCCUAAUUUGGACAACCAGGUAUGGUGAAGAUAAGGUACUUUUUAAAAAAAUGAAUCAAAUAAAAUAAGAUAAAUAAAUUAAAAACAUUUUCUUGAAUAAAAAAUAAAGUAAAACAAUAUAAAAACAGUUACAUAGAAACUAGUAAUUAAUGAAAAUUUGUAAAAUUAACUGUUAAAGGUUAGUAUUAUUAGUGGACCAGCAGCACGCACAAUCAUGUGUGCUUACGGACUGUAUCCCUUGCAGACUGUAUUGAUAUAUAUUGAUAUAUAAUGUAGGAAGCAGAAUAUUAAUAACAGAAAGAAACAACCCUUUUGUGUGAAUGAGUGUAAAUGGGGUGGGUUGGUGCACUAGUUGUAAGUGUAUCUUGUGUUUUUUAUGUGGAUUUAAUAAAAAAAAAACAAAAAAAAAACACGAUACUGAUAAUAAAAAAACCGAUACCGAUAAUUUCCGAUAUUACAUUUUAACGCAUUUAUCGGCCGAUAAUAUCGGCAGACCGAUAUUAUCGGACAUCUCUAACCAAUAGUAUUGAGGAUUCACAACAAGAAGAAAAAAAACAGGAAAAAGAAGAAGAAGAAAAAACAAGAAGAACAAGAAGAUGAAGAAAAACAAGAAGAAGAACAAGAAGAAGAAGAAGAAGAAGAAGAAAAAGUACAAGAACAAGAAGAACAAUAAUGAGAAGAAGAAAAAACAAGAAUAACAAGAAAAAGAAGAAGAAGAAUAACAAGAAGAAGGAGACAAUGUACAGGAACAAGAAGAACAACAACAAGAAGAAGAAGGAAAACAAGAAUAACAAGAACAAGAACAAGAGCAAGAAGAAAAAGAAGAAGAAGAAGAAGAAGAACAACAACAACAAGAACACAAAGAACAACAAGGAGAAGAAGAAGAAUAACAACAACAAGAAAAACAAGAAGAAGAAGGAGAAGAAGAAGAACAAGAAGAAGAACAAGCUCUUGAUACCUCGGGAACAGUUUCUGACAAGUUUUCAGAGCUUCCAGAUUUUGGAGUUUCAGUGUUCAGGUUUGCUUCCUUGUCUGCUGCAGCGCCUUCUGCUGGCUUCUGGGGCUUCUUGAAAAGUUUGCUGUUGAAAUAGUUUUUGUCCUGAAAAGAAAUAUUGGAGUCAGUGAAUGCACUACUAUCAAGUCAACCAACCUUGAAGGCUUUGCUCAGUCACCUUGGUGGCGUUCCUCUCGACUAGAUCAUCAACACCCGCCGCCAGCGUCUCCUCGCCCUUCUCCUCGUCCUAAAAAUGGAUGCCGCUGCUUGAAUGCGAGUAAUUGAAAGACAAAACAUUCUGUGACUAAUUUUUCCAAAUAUUCACCAGUGAGUCUGCCCGCUCUCCUUUCUCUCCUUUGGGGGUCUUUUUGAGGAAGACCCCAAACAGACUUCGAUCUUUCUCCUGAUGGCAAAAGACCGACAAGUUCAGAGAGGAAGAACCAAUAGUAUUGAGGAUUCACAACAAGAAGAAAAAAAACAUAAAGAACAAGAACUUCCUAUACUGUAUA